GCAUUGGGGACGCCGGGCUUGGAAGCGGCCUUCGCAGGUCUUGGUAUUGUUACUAAUCAUGGAGUUCUGGAAUCAAAAUAUUCCCACAUGGAGAUGCUCCAUCGUGGCUCGUGGUACCUGCUCAGUAGCCGUGUCAUUGCUCGUGAGUCGUAGGUCGCCACAGUUUAUUACUUAUGUCCUGGGGUUCGUCCCAUCUUCGAACAGAGAUCCGUUUCCUCUUCUCCAGGAACAUACUCACCUUUCACCCGUUGAGUCUGCUACCCCCGGUCUCACCUAGUCAUUCCUUCUUUGAACUUCCUCUGGAUCAACUUGUCUGUCAACAUGCACGCCAAACUGUCAAGCUGCCUUUUGGCAGCUUCUGCUCUCCUGCCCGCCGUCGCGGCUGAGGGCUGCCCUUUCGCCAAACGGGAUGGUUCCGUCACCAGCGAGCUCCCCAAGAGAGACACGGCCGAGGGUUUCGGCCGGUGCUCGAGAAUCAGCAACCAGGCCGGCGGUGGCACCCGCAGCCACGACUGGUGGCCUUGCCAGCUUAGACUCGAUACUCUUCGCCAAUUCCAGCCCGCGACCAACCCGUACGGCGGCGACUUCGACUACACUGCGGCUUUCAACUCCUUGGAUUAUGAGGCUCUCAAGAAGGACCUCCACGCCCUGAUGACCGAAUCCCAGGAUUGGUGGCCGGCCGACUUUGGCCACUACGGCGGUCUCUUCAUCCGCAUGGCCUGGCAUAGCGCCGGCACUUAUCGCGCCAUCGACGGCCGAGGUGGCGGUGGAAUGGGCCAACAACGUUUCGCUCCGCUUAACAGCUGGCCUGAUAACCAGAACCUCGACAAGGCUCGCCGCCUGUUGUGGCCUAUCAAGCAAAAGUACGGCAACAAGAUCUCAUGGGCUGACUUGUACCUCCUCACUGGCAACGUCGCCCUCGAGUCCAUGGGCUUCGCUCCCAUUGGCUUCGCUGCUGGCCGUCCUGACACCUGGCAAUCCGAUGAGUCCGUCUACUGGGGUGGAGAGACGACCUUCGUUCCCAAGGGUAACGAUGUCCGCUACAACGGCAGCACCGACAUCAACGAGCGCGCCGACAAGCUCGAGAAGCCCCUGGGUGCCACCCAUAUGGGCCUGAUCUACGUCAACCCGGAGGGCCCCGAUGCCAGCUCCGAUCCCGCCGCCUCGGCCAAGGACAUCCGCGUCGCUUUCGAUCGCAUGGGAAUGAACGAUGAGGAGACUGUCGCCCUGAUCGCUGGUGGACACGCCUUCGGCAAGACGCACGGUGCCGUGCCUGCAAGCAACAUUGGAGGCGAGCCCGAGGCCGCUGACAUUGGCGAGAUGGGUCUCGGAUGGCACAACAGCGUUGGCGAUGGCAACGGCGUCAACCAGAUGACCAGUGGUCUCGAGGUUGUUUGGACCAAGACCCCUACCAAAUGGAGCAACGGCUACUUGGAGUCUCUCAUUCACAACAAAUGGACCCUCGUCACCAGCCCUGCCGGCGCUCACCAAUGGGAGGCUUUCCGCAAGGCCACCAUGCUUACCAGUGACUUGGCUCUCAUCAACGACCCGUCCUACCUCAACAUCACCACCCGCUGGCUCGACCACCCCCAGGAGCUCGCUGACGCCUUCGCCAAGGCUUGGUUCAAGCUUCUCCACCGUGACCUGGGUCCCGUCGCUCGCUACCUCGGUCCUGAGAUCCCCAAGGAGACUUUCGGCUGGCAGGAUCCCCUUCCCGCCAGGGAGGGUGAGCUGAUUGACGAUGCCGAUGUGACCAAGCUCAAGUCUGACAUUCUCGGCACCGCCGGUCUCGAUGUCUCCAAGCUCGCCUCUGUCGCCUGGGCCUCUGCCUCGACCUUCCGUCACUCCGACAAGCGCGGUGGUGCCAACGGUGCCCGCAUCGCCCUCGAGCCCCAGAACCAGUGGGUUUCCAACAACCCUACCGUCCUCACCGAGGUCAUCGAUGCCCUCAAGAAGAUUCAGACCAGCUUCAACACCGGCGCCAAGAAGGUCUCCCUCGCCGACUUGAUCGUUCUCGGUGGUGUCGCCGCCGUCGAGAAGGCCGCUACUGAUGCCGGAGUCACCAUCGCUGUCCCCUUCACCGCCGGCCGUGUCGACGCCACCCAGGAGCAGACUGACGUACGCGCUUUCGGCUACCUCGAGCCGCAGGCUGACGGCUUCCGCAACUACGGCAAGGGCACCGCCCGUGCCCGCACCGAGGAAAUCCUUGUCGACAAGGCCUCCCAGCUCACCCUCUCCGCCCCCGAGCUGACCGUUCUUGUCGGUGGUCUUCGUUCCCUCGGCGCCACCUUCGACCAGUCCAACACUGGUGUUCUUACCGCUAAGAAGGGCCAGUUGACCAACGACUGGUUCAUCAACCUUCUCGACAUCUCCACCGUCUGGUCAAAGACCGACACCGAGGGCGAGACCUGGACCGGUGUCGACCGCAAGACCAAGGCCGAGAAGUGGACCGCCACCCGCGCCGAUCUCGUGUUCGGAUCCCACGCCGAGCUCCGUGCCAUCUCUGAGGUCUACGCCAGCUCUGACGCCAACGAGAAGUUCGUCAAGGACUUUGUCGCUGCGUGGGACAAGGUCAUGAACCUCGACCGCUUCGACCUGAAGAAGUACUGA